CAACCACAGAAAAAGGUUGUUUGCAGCCUCGUGAACCAAAGCAAGGCAGCAUCAACACGGUUGCCACUCGCUCACCGCUAGCACAGAGCCUGCAAAGCCCGAUUUGCAUCCCUGAGAUGGCUUUCAAACGAUCGAGUGCCGAAAGGGAGGAUACCCAGGAUUCCAAGCGACAAAAGACGAACGGCGACGGCAGCUCGACAAUGGAUCCAAAACAGAACCCUUACCUUGCGCACCAGUACGAGGACGACCAAAAUGGCUUCAAAUCACCACUUGACGAAUUUGAGCGACAUAAGACGACGGCCGUGCAGGCCGCAAAGGCUGAGGAUUCGGAUCUCAACCCGUGGACCGGCCUUCCUCACUCGCAGCAGUACUUCAAGAUCCUCAAGACCCGCCGCGACCUGCCCGUGAACAAGCAGCGGCAAGAGUUCCUCGACAUGUACCACAGCACCCAGAUCCUCGUCUUCGUCGGUGAGACGGGUUCCGGUAAAACGACCCAGAUUCCACAAUACGUCCUCUACGACGAGCUGCCGCAUCUGACGGGAAAACUCAUUGCCUGUACCCAGCCAAGGAGAGUGGCGGCCAUGUCGGUCGCUCAACGUGUCGCUGAUGAACUCGACGUGAAGCUGGGCGAGGAGGUCGGCUACAGCAUUCGUUUCGAGAACAAGACAGGCCCCAAGACGCUGCUGAAGUACAUGACGGAUGGUCAGCUGCUGCGCGAGGCCAUGCACGACCACGAAAUGUCGCGCUACGGCUGCAUCAUCCUCGACGAAGCCCACGAACGCACUCUCGCAACCGAUAUCCUCAUGGCGCUGCUCAAACAGAUUGCCGAGAGGAGGAAAGACUUGAAGAUCAUUGUCAUGUCGGCCACCCUUGACGCCCAAAAAUUCCAGACAUACUUCUACAAUGCGCCCCUGCUCGCUGUGCCCGGCCGGACGCACCCUGUUGAGAUCUUCUAUACCCCGGAGCCGGAGCGCGACUACGUUGAGGCAGCUGUGAGGACAGUGCUGCAGAUCCACGCGAGCGAGCCUGAGGGCGACAUCCUCCUAUUCCUGACGGGUGAGGAAGAGAUUGAGGACGCCUGCCGGCGUAUUAGCCUUGAGGUGGAUGACAUGAUCCGGGAGUCGGACGCCGGGCCGAUGGCCGUCUACCCACUGUACGGCACACUGCCGCCACACCAGCAGCAGCGCAUCUUCGACAAAGCACCGGAGCCCUUCCGUAAGGGUGGCCGGCCUGGCCGGAAGUGCAUCGUCGCGACCAACAUUGCCGAAACAAGUUUGACAAUCGAUGGUAUCGUCUAUGUCGUGGACCCGGGGUUCAGCAAGCAAAAGAUCUACAACCCUCGCACGAGGGUAGAGUCACUUCUCGUCUCCCCCAUCUCCAAGGCAUCUGCACAACAACGUGCCGGUCGUGCCGGUCGUACACGGCCCGGUAAAUGCUUCCGGCUGUACACCGAGAAGGCAUUCAAAAAGGAGCUCAUCGAGCAGACAUACCCAGAAAUCUUGCGGUCCAACCUGGCCAACACGGUGCUCGAGUUGAAGAAGCUCGGCGUCGAAGAUUUGGUGCACUUCGACCUCAUGGACCCGCCAGCCCCCGAGACUAUGAUGCGCGCCUUGGAGGAGCUCAACUACCUUGCCUGUCUGGACGACGACGGCGAGUUGACAAGCUUGGGCAGCCUGGCAUCGGAGUUCCCCCUCGACCCGGCCCUCGCCGUCAUGCUCAUCUCCUCCCCGGAGUUCUAUUGCUCCAACGAGAUCCUUUCCAUCACCGCUCUCCUCUCGGUCCCGCAAAUAUGGGUGCGUCCAAACAACGCGCGCAAGCGUGCCGACGAAAUGAAGCAGCAAUUCGCGCACCCGGACGGCGACCACCUCACACUACUCAACGCGUACCACGCGUACAAGGGCGCCGAGCAGGCGGGCGAGGACGUCAAGAAGUGGUGCCACGAUCACUUCCUUUCGUUCCGGCACCUGUCGAGCGCCGACAACGUGCGGGCGCAGCUGAAGCGCAUCAUGGAGACGCACGGCAUCGAGCUGGUCAGCACACCGUUCCAGAACAAGGAGUACUACAUCAACAUACGGCGGGCGCUGCUGGCGGGCUUCUUCAUGCAAGUUGCCAUGCGUGAGAGUUCCAACUCCAAGGUAUACAAGACGGUCAAGGACGACCAGCUCGUCAUGAUCCACCCGGGCACCGUCGUCACGAGCCCGUACGACUGGGUCGUGUACAAUGAGUUUGUGCUCACGACCAAGCAGUACGUCAGGACCGUGACCAAUAUCAGGCCCGAGUGGCUUCUUGAAAUCGCACCCAACUAUUACGACCUCGAAACCUUUGAAAAGGGCGAGAUCAAGUCGGCCCUGACGCGCGUUGCGGAAAAAAUUCGCCGCCGUCAGGCUAUGAAGGGCGGCAAGUGAGCCGGCUUUGACGCGAACGCUGGCUGGGUGUGGCGCCGUCCAAGGGGCAUAGAGGAGAGCGAGAGGAAACGAAUCGACGUCAGGGAUCAUGUCAUCGGUUGAGGUGAUUGUUCGAUCAGAUGGGAUGCCAGGUAUAUCACUAGACAUGGUAGAUUUUGGCAGUGGUUGGGCGGCUACAAAUGCUACACCCAUGUUGUGUUGCAAGUCCUAGUUUGUAUUAUUGCCAACAACCUGGCCCGAGGAGUUAUGGUGCAUAGAGAGUGUUGCAUGGUAGAGAACUUCAGACGGGGGUAGAAAUCCGAUGUCCAGACGACAAGGGCCAAUGAAGCAGCUUCACGUUUCGGGGCUUGCUGAACCU